UAAUCCUAACAACACAAAACAUUCCAGGAAUGUAGGUACUACCGUUCUAUUCCGUGAACAUCUAUCUGAUUAAAUUAUGGGUGGAAAGUUACCACAAGAUAUUCUAUGAACAUAGUACAAUGUCUUCCUGGAGGGGUAAAAUUUUCCAUUACAAGAUUUUAAGAGAGGCCAUUUAUUGUACUGUUCAAUUUGCGUUCAUUUUCAAAUUUGCCGCGCGAGUAUCUAUGUAGCGUCUCGUGGUCAUUGGUCAUCACAUUUCAUUUUCAUAACAUAACCGAUAACCUAAAAAUUUAGUAAAGUAAAAAUUUUGAUUGGAAAAAAAUGCAUCGAUAAGGGGGUGUGGGAAAUGGAAAUUAGUGGCUUUUUUGCUGUACUGUCUGCUAGUUUUUGCUCUGGGCUCUGGCUAGAUCUCUUGUUUAAACAAUUUUAAUCAGCUGAAAGUGGCCUACAAAAAAAAACCAAGAAGGAAAUGUAUAGCUAUGAAAGGCAAAAGAGAGAUAUAAAAAGUGUAUUGGCUAGUUGGAAGAAAGUCCACAUUGUCCAUGCAUAAUAAGUUAUUACUUUAUCAACAAAUAUCAAGAAGAUAGCAGGGUCACGAGCAUCAACUUCAUAAGUUCAAGAAUAUCGAGGAAAUCCAGCUCCUCGAUACUACUGGGCAAACUAAGAAGAUUGAAGAGGACAAAUCCUUUUGAACUAGUUUGAGUGAUAGGUGAUAGUGAAAAACGGAGCAUAGUGCUUGUGUGCUGUGCCUGUGUAUGUUAGAAUAGUGCACGAUCUUGUUAGAUUAGAUAAAAGACGCUAUGGGGUAAGCUCUUCAUUUUAAGAAACAGUAGUAAUUUAGGUUAAAUUAAAAUUGCUCAUUGGUCAGUUAUGACCAGAUUGUUUUUUUAUGUUUGGCAAAAAGGACUUAAGUCACAAUUGCACAUUGAUAAUGUUUUGAUGAUUUCUGGACCAGAAAAAAACUGUUGUAGAUGUAAACUGUAUGUACAGUAGAAUCUACUACAGUACUGUAGAAAUCAUCAAAACAUUAUCGAUGUGCAAUUCUGACUUAAGCCCUUUUUCCCAAACAUCAGAGAAUUGUAAUGUACAAUAAUUCUCCUAUCUGCUUUUUCAUGAAUUUUGUAGGAGACGAAAAACCAUUUUUAGGAUCAUCUGCUUUCACAUGUAAAUUUUGACAUGUUUUGUAGUAAAUAGAUAGUUGAAUUUACUACAAAACAUGUCAAAAAAUAUAUGAAAACAGGAGGUGACUAUAAAAAAAGUUUUUAGUCUCUCUUACAAAACUCAUGAAAAAACAAAUCGGAGGUAUGUCACAUCAGUGACUAAGAAUGUCUAAAAAAUAUACUUUGAUGUCCCAAGAACCAAAUAUAACCUACAGUCCAUCUAAUUUACUUACUGUUGCACGUCAUUAUCUACGCCAGAGAUCUAAGUUGACAUAGUUGCCAAAGUAUAAAAAGAUCCUGAAUCCAUUUUAAAUCAAAUAUGUCACAUAAUUAUUGUAAACGUGGAUUAUACAACAAAACAAAUUAAUAUUCAAUGUAAAUAAGUAAAAACUUAAGAAAUAGAGAACAAGAAUUAAGUUAUAAUCUUUUAAGAUUUGCAGUGCAAGAGUUUUUGCACUGCAUUGUUAAUAAUUAAAAACGGCUCCGAACUCUUGGCAAAAAGCCGGUAGGUUUCUUUGUAUAAGUAUGUCUACAAUAACAACUAAAAAAGUUGUCAGAUACCUCGAUUAUUCCAAGUCGUUAUAAAAUUAGGUGAAAUUUAUAUUUUUAUAGUAGAGGAUCUUUUUAUAGUAAAGUAAAUAAUAAAAACAGUAAAUAUAAUAAAUAAAACAGAUACUUAUAGUAAAGAAUAUAAACAAAUAUGAAGUGUCAUCGGGGAAAAUGGCAACGUGGCAUUAGAUAGAAAACAAAGUGUUUUAAUUUUCGCCUGCAUUUUACCCGAUUUUCGCGUGGUGCAGCGAACAUUGAAUGCUGAGUGAGUGAAAAAGGAAAGGUAUAAACUGUGCCCUACCUAAUGCAAGAAUAAUAUAAGUAAAAACGGUAAAAAAUAGUAUAAAAUACUAAACGGACAAAUAAAAGUGAGGUUAACAGCUAACAGAUAAGCUUAUAAACACUGGCGAACGCUGGUCAAAUUUCAAGCGGUGUUGCCGGAUUUAAAAAAAAUAGAAACACCUGCCGAAAAACAAAAGCAAUUUUGGUGCGUGGAUAAUUGGGCAUACCUCCGCGUGGUUGAAACGGGUGUGCCCAGUUAACGCUACGUACAAAAUGGCUGAGAACGAGUAUAGUGUGGACGAAAAGACAAGAAAAAGAGGAGAUGAAUCGGAAGAUGAGGCAGACGAUAGCAGAAGUAAAAAAGUACAUCGGUCGCCUGGGAAUGAUAGGCAACUAGAAAAAAUAUUGGAGAGCCUAAAUAUUAUCACAAUGGAAAUAAGGGAACUAAGAGAAGAACAAAAAGAGUACAGAGCGGAAAUGAAGGAACUCAGACAAGAAAAUGAAAAGCUGAAACAGGAAAACAGAGAAACCCAACAAAAAGUGGAAGAAUUGGAAAAUAAAAUAGACAGAAUGGAAAAGGACAAAAGACGAAAUAAUAUAAUACUGCAGGGAGUAGAUAUGGAUACCUACGAUCAAAACAUAACAAAAGAUAACGUCCAAGAUUUUUUAUGCAAUGCACUAAAAGUUGAGACAAAAAUAAAAAGCGCAAGAAAAAUUGGAAGUAAAUCCUGCUUGAUUGAGCUCGAAAAUGCAACGGACAAAGAAGAAAUUAUGAAAAAUAAAGGCAAAUUGAGAGACAUAAAGGGAAAAGAAAUAUAUAUUAAUGACGACAUGGACAAAAAUGAACGGAUGAUACAGGGUAAAAUCAGAACGAAGGCAAAAGAGGCUAAAUUGGAAGGAAAAAACGUCAAGGUAGGAUUUCAAAAAAUAAAAAUAAAUGAGGAGGUAUGGACAUGGAAUAAACAUCAGCAACAACUCUUAAAAAUAGAAAACCAAAACAGAAACCAAAAAAACUAAACGACGUAAAUGAAACGGUAGCAACAACGGCAAUGGACAAGGAGACGAUUGGGAUUAAAAACAAGAAAAUGAAAACUAAUUUGGGAACAUGGAACGUAAGAGGCACUCAUGAAACGGGAAAACUUAAAGAAUUAAUUAGAGAAACAAAAAGAUAUGAAAUAGAUAUAUUAGCUUUACAAGAAACAAAACAAUUAGACACAGAAAUAGUAGAAAUAGAUGAUAUAGUAUUUUUUAAAAGUGGGGGGAAUAACAGAUUGCUAGGAACAGGCUUUAUCAUACAGAAAAGAUGGAAAACCAGAGUGAUGAAUUUCAAGCCGAUAUCAGAUAGAAUGUGCACAAUCAGGUUAAAAGGGAAUCAACGAAACAUAAGCAUAAUAAAUGUACAUGCACCAAUAGAAGACGCCACCGAAGAAGACAAAGAUGCAUACUAUGAGCAACUAGAGAGAGAAUAUGACAGAUUACCAGCAUUUGAUAUCAAAAUAGUAAUGGGAGACUGCAAUGCUAAAGUGGGAAAAGAGGAUAUAUAUGAAAAUAUAACAGGAAAAUACAG